AUGAAUUUUUCUAAAAUUAGUAGCAAAGUUUCAAAUUUUUUGUACACAUAUUUUUCCGUUAUUCCAAAAGUUUCAAUUAAAAAAACAGCUAUGACUGGAAAUAAGAGCGAUGAGGCAAACUCUCAUGCUGCCGACAGUUCGGACAAGCCAAAAUCCAAGGCCACCAAUCCGUUCUUCAUCUUCCUGCACGAGUUUCGGCAGAAUCUAAUGAAACGCGGCGCCUACAAGCACAUGACAGCGAAGGAGAUCGCCUGCGCGGCCGGCGAGCGCUGGCGUCAGAUGUCGUCCGACGAGAAGCUCAACUAUGUGGUGUGGGCCCGCAAGAAUCAGCAACAAUUGGAUCCGCGUUUGCGCGUGUCACCGGGAAAGACCGGGCAGCGCGAAGUGCAUAGCAACAGAAGUGAGAGCAAGACCGUGCGGCGCCGCGGAUCUCGACAGAAAAAGGUCACUAUGCAGAAACGUCGACCGAGUUAUAUUAAGUGAAGUGGUGAUUUGUCGUUAAACAUGAGGUUGGAGCGAGGGUAGCCUUACACAUUUUGUCGCUGGUGAAAAUUUCCAUGUGGAACACGUUAUUUUGUUGGCAUUUCGUAUAUUUUCUAAUUGAUAUCGUUGUAUUCUCUUAUGGUUGUGACAGUAAAGGUAUUUUAUA